AUGCUGCAGAUGCUGCGGAUUGGCUGGACCCCCGCCCUGCUCGCGGCCUCCCCAGGCCAGGCCCAGGUCCCCGCCCAGGCCAACCUUGACACCAGCCAGUUCCAGGGCAUCUGGUACGUGGUUGGGGCGGUGUCAGAUGACCAGGGCUUCCUGGACUCCAAGGACAGCGUGAAGAUGCCUGUGGUCUUGGUGACCCCCUUGGCCAACAGCGACCUGGGCCUCAAGUUUGGGUACCCCACGCCCGAUGGCGAGUGCCAGAAGAUGGACGCGACCUUCACCAAGGAUGCCGUGGACGGGCAUUUCGCUUCCCCAGCCAUGGCCCAGACCAUCAUCUGGGUGGCUUUCACCGACUACAAGCACUUCGCCGUGUUGUACUCCGAGACGCAGAAGGGGGACGUUAGGAACGUCCGGCUGCAGCUCUACACCCGGGCCCCAGAGCUAUUUCCUGAAGAUGCCCAGAAGAUGCAGCAGCUGGCACCCGAAGCGGGCUUGAACCCCAGCCAGGGCACCCUGCUGCCCAAGUCAGCAGGAGGAAGGAAGAUUUUUCUUCCCGCCCAGCAACAGCCCAGCCAAUGAGAGACCAGCACAGUUCAGCCAAUGAAAAGCCACCACACUUCCAACUCCCAGUUUCCUCCAAUGGACUCUUCGUUUAGAACACCCCCCCCCCAUUCCCUCUUCUCCUCUAUAAAAGAGUUUCCUGUCUUUUGGUCUUCAGAUUUGCCUGUGGUUUCCCCUAGAUGGCAUGUACUGAAUUGUGAUUCUUUGCUUUUCCCAAAUAAACCCACUUUGCUGGCAAAAUAACUGGCUGUUUUAUCGUUUUAGGUCAACACGUACAAGAUAACCCUCUCAAGUCCAGGGAUUAAGGACCUGAUAUCUUUAGAGGUCAUUAGUCAGCCUACCA